CUUAAACAUCGAUUAUCAGACAGCAGAGUGAAACAAAACAAAAAGUUUUCGUUUCAAAACGCAGGCUUAGUGUUUACAGUUUUUCUUUUUAUUCUUAAUAGUCUAAAAUAGUCGCCUCAAUGGAAGUUCAGACAAAUAGUCACGACAUCCUUUCGGCCUCGUCGAUAACGGCUGAUUUCCAAGAACCUAACGAUUGGACAUAUUCGAUGAGGAGGGAAAUGCAAGAAAUUGUCAAAGGAUUGUUCCUUGGGCCCUACUCGGUUGCAGUUCGAUCCAAAGAGAACUAUCUUGAGACUCACGGAAUCACUCAUAUUGUUUGUGUUAGACAAGACAUUGAAUCUCACAUGAUCAAAACACAUUUUGUUGAUAAAUUCCAAUACCUGGUUGUCAACGUGAAAGAUUCAGUCACAGAAAAUAUCAUUCAGCACUUCCAAAAAGUUAAAAAUUUCUUGGAUAGUUGUUUUUCUGCAGGAGGCAAAGCUCUUGUUCAUGGUAAUGCUGGCAUAUCUCGAAGUGCUGCAAUUGUUCUGGGCUUUCUUAUGCAAAAAUACUGUCUCGAUUACAGAGAGGCUUUCAGUUUAGUGCAACAGAGAAGGUUUUGCAUUAAUCCCAAUGAAGGAUUUGUUCAACAGUUAAAGGAAUAUGAACCUAUCUACAAAGCAAACUGGAGUGUAACAAACAAUGGUCAGUGCUCAAGGGAGCAAAGCACUUGGAAACGGAAGCGAGACAGUAUCGAAAAUGACGAUGCUAUGGACGAGUGACGCGUUAUCCGACAUGAGAAUUAAUAAAAACGUUUCGCGUAUGCCGCACAAUUUUUUCUUGACUGUUCCUUGAAGGAAUAAAACAAGUGAUUUUCAAAUGG